AAAAUCCGAUCAAAGCAACCUUAUCCAGUUAGAUUAUCAUCUUUGAAUUUCUGAAGCUCCCCAAUCCCCAAGGGCUUCCCGGAGCAGAAAUCCAUCCCUACCACUUGGGGAUUCCACCAUUUCCACUUUCUUCUUCAAAUGUCAGCUUCUUCUGUCUCAAUGGCUGCUGCAGCAGCACCCUCAGUUUCAUCUUCUUCUCCACUCAGCAAGAAACUCUUCUUCACUCAACAUCCCAACCAAAUUCCCUCUCAUUUCUCUCCAAAACAAAACCCAUUGAAGCUUCUCAACCUCACAAUCCAUUUACCCAACUUUUACCCUCUUUCCUUCUCCUCUCCUUCUCAUCUCCACAGUGUACCUCCUGCUUUCGAUGGGCUCGAAGUCUCCGACCCAGAAACAGAAUACGCAGAGAUUCAAGAAUCGGAUGCAGAAGAAGAAACCCAAGAGGAAGAUGAACAAAAGGUAUCGGUAUCUCGCGAAGCAGGGAAGCUUUAUAUUGGAAAUUUACCAUAUGCUAUGACUUCUUCCCAAUUGUCUGAGGUCUUCGCCGAAGCUGGUCAUGUGGUUUCUGUACAGGUUAUAUAUGACAAAGUUACGGAUAGGAGUAGGGGAUUUGCAUUUGUGACAAUGGCAACUUUGGAGGAAGCUAAAGAAGCAAUUCGGAUGUUUGAUGGCUCUCAAAUCGGUGGUCGAACCGUUCGGGUGAACUUCCCUGAAGUGCCAAGGGGAGGAGAAAAGGAAGUCAUGGGGCCAAAGAUAAGAAGCAGCUAUAACAAAUUUGUAGAUAGUCCUCACAAGAUAUAUGCAGGGAACCUUGGUUGGGGUCUCACUUCUCAGAGUCUUAGAGAGGCUUUUGAAAACCAACCGGGGAUAUUGAGUGCCAAGGUCAUCUAUGAUAGGGCAUCUGGAAAAAGUAGAGGUUUUGGAUUUGUAUCUUUUGAAACUGCUGAGGAUGCAGAGUUUGCUUUGGAGUCCAUGAAUGGAGUGGAAGUUGAAGGGCGGCCGCUUCGUUUGAACAUUGCUGCAGGACGGGCCCCAACUUCUCCAGCAGCAUUCCCAAGGACCGAGAAUACCAUUGACAGCAAAGAAUUGCUUACAAGUAUCAGUGCCUGAAAUCUGAUGAUGAAAAUUAAACUGAAAUUGAAGGCUAAGGAAAUUGUUCUGCAAAUUGCACAGAUUCAGGUCAUCCGUCGAAAUUUUCUUUCAUUCCUUGCUCAACUACCAAGGAAGGCCUAGAUUUUUUCAUUGAGUGGUGUGAGUUGAGGGAAAGUGUGAAAAUGUUGCCAUGGGUUAACGAGUUUUUUAUGUAUGACUUGAGAAUUGGACUACAUGUCUCUUUGCUGAGUUAAUACUAUAAUAUUCAUCUCUCGGCCUUUUCUUACCU